ACUACCGCCCACACAGCAUCCACUUCCGGGUGAAGAGAAAGCAGCCAGGUGUAGUGUAAACAUGAGCGGACCCAGCCUAUGAACGUGGCUGUGUGUAAGGAAUACGAAAGUCCGUGCCCUGUAGGGGCCCCGGGCCAUGCUGUGCGCCCACUAUGAGGUACAAUGACAAGGAGCUUGUGUCCCUCUCCAAGCAGAGGGCGGAGAAGGCGGCAGAACUGGGUAUGAAGGGCCCCAAGAAAGGAAGUGUACUGAAGAAGCGUCUGGUGAAAUUGGUUGUGAAUUUUCUGUUUUACUUCCGGGCUGAUGAGGAGGAGCCCAUUGGAGCACUUCUUUUAGAGCACUGCAGGGUGGCCAAAGAAGAGGAGAAAUGCUUCUCAAUACACUUCAUUGAUGAGUCAGACAGGAAAUAUAUGUUUGAAUGCAGUAAUCAAGAACAAUGUGAUGAAUGGGUACAAGCAUUAAAAAAUGCAAGCUAUGAGUUCAUGAGAAUAAGUCUUCUCUUUUAUCGCAGUGAAAUCCUGAAGAUGACUGGGAAGGACCCAUUGGAGCAAUAUGGAAUAUCUGCAGAAUCACGGUUCCAGCUAGAACCUUCAGACAUAUAAAGCACAAUGUCCUACUGCUGCUGUCUUUAAAAAGCUCUUCUUAAGCAAUGUUUUGUAUCAUACAGCUUUAUUUUGAAUGAAUUGUCUAUACAAGUCAUCAGUUUACACUUUACCCUACCUGGAAAUUGGUUAGUCUUUAUAAUAGCAUGGAAUUAUUUGUUAAGAACGCCAUUGAUGCAAACAGCUAUAUACAGAUAUUAACGGUUUUGAGGAAAAGUUUUUAAAUCUGGCGUGAGCACUUUGGAAGCUUUCUUCCAAAAAAUAAAUAAAAGCAGCAAUCGUUCACAAAUUAUUUUAAAGCUAAA